GGCUGGAUGGGCUGGCAGAGCGCUGUGCCCAGUACAAGAAAGAUGGCGCGGACUUUGCCAAGUGGCGCUGUGUGCUGAAGAUCAGCGAGAACACCCCCUCCAGCCUGGCCAUCCUGGAGAACGCCAACGUGCUCGCCCGCUAUGCCAGCAUCUGCCAGCAGAACGGCAUUGUGCCCAUCGUGGAACCGGAGAUCCUGCCAGACGGGGAGCACGACCUGAAGCGGUGCCAGUACGUGACUGAGAAGGUCCUGGCUGCCGUCUACAAGGCCCUGAGCGACCACCACAUCUACCUGGAAGGGACCCUGCUGAAGCCCAACAUGGUGACCCCUGGCCACGCCUGCCCCAACAAGUACAAUCCCGAAGAGAUCGCCAUGGCCACCGUCACCGCCCUGCGCCGGACCGUCCCGCCCGCCGUGCCAGGUAAGGUCACCACCAGGUAA